AUGGAUAUCAAAGAUGUGCUGAAGAAUAAAAUAAGGACAUGUCAUGACACCGUUGAGAUGAGAAGUGGAAGCCACAAAGAAGGAUUCAGACUGGAAGGAUCAGAUAUAGACGUUAUGAAGUGGCCAACAAAUGAGACUGUGAUCUGGGAUUUAUCUCAGUCUUUCUAUUACAACAGAUACAGAAAAACACUGAUUCUCUGUGACUGUUCUGAUAGUCCACCAGGUUACACCUUGUUAUAUAUACUAUCAGGAAGCCUGAAUGGGAUUAUCGUUAGAGAUUGUGUAGGAAGGAACAUAUCGAGUUCUGAAUACAGACAGAGUUUUUAUUAUGCAUCAUUCCUUGUCCACUCCAAUCCACUUAUGCAUAUGCAUGGACCCUGUGUCACUAAAACUCACGGAAAACUAGAAUUUGAUUAUGCCUACUGUUUGGCCUCUGACUUUUGGCCUCCAUCUGCCUCCUCCUGGAUAGACAGAAGUCACUCAUGGCCUCCUUCUCAUAUUGUUGAUGACAUAGUGAAAAGUGGAUGUCAUUUUGUAGCAGUUGGACAUAAACUAGGAAGACAUGAACAUAAUGAAUGGAGAAUAUCUUUUUCCCUGGCGGAACAAAAACUUGUAUAUGUAAUGAACCACUGUCAAUUCUUAACUUACGGCUUACUUAAAUUGUUUUUAAGAAGAAUAAUUAACAAUGGAUCAGGUGAUGAAGAUAAAUUAUUGUGUUCCUACCACAUAAAGACUUCUGUUUUCUGGGCGAUUCAACAAAAUAUAAUACCCCACUGGUGUCCACAGAAUCUCCUGAAGUGUUCUUGGGUCUGUUUUAAACUCAUCCUCAAAUGGGUGUAUGAGGGGGUGUGUCCGAACUUUUUCAUUCCAAGCAACAACAUGUUUAUUGGUAAUAUUUAUGGUGAAGCUCAGAAUGUUUUAUUUAUUAAACUGUAUGAGCUUUAUACUAAAGGUAUCAAAUCGCUGCUCGACACGCUCUUCAUUAUGUCAUGUAAUGCAUGUAUAGAUAUUCUUCGUAAUCCCAGGUUGUCCAUCUGUACAGAUGAAAAUACCCUGAUUUCUGAGAUUGAUUUUGAUGUCAAUCUAUUUGGUGAAAUAAGCGGCAAUGAGUCACUUACUGUCAUAGAUUUACAAAGCUGCAUGUUGUAUUUACUUGCAAUAGAAGAGAUGAUAAAUUCACCCCUGACACAGUAUCAAGUCAUUGUUCUACAGAAAGUUACAGGCUCUAUCCUGCAGAAACUUGCUUUUAUAUUACAUAUGGAUACUUGUACACAAGGUAAUAAAUUUAUAUACAGAGCUGACAAAAUUUCCUGUCACAUCCUGAAAUUUGCAGCGAAGUUUGGUUGUAUUUCUGACUUGUUGUACAUAGCCAUGUAUUAUUACAAGACAUUUAGAUACAUGAAAGCAUUGGCUAUUAUAGAGGUAAUAAAGGUCAAGCUAUCGCAGCCAUACGUGAUGCACAAUUUUAAGGUCAAUUCAAAAAUGUAUAUCAAGUCUCUAAAAGGACAGUCCUGGUCUACAAAGAUGAGACAAGCCGUUGCAUGGAAUAUCAGUCUUAGCAAUGAAAUGCAAUAUAUCAGUGAAUUGAUACCAGAACAAAUAUCUAGUGUACAACACGGUUCGGCUUUUUUAUUUCUUCCACCCUCAGUGCUGUUAUACAUGCUAGAAAUCUUCUGCUGCAGAUGCGUAGACACAAGGAGAGCACAAACAGCUCUUUAUGAAUUACAGACCUUAGUUCAUUAUGAUCAGAGGCAGUUUAUACCUUUUGGUGUCAUUAACAUAUCAUGGCAUAUUUUGGGGAUUUGUCAACAGGUAACAGGGAACUUCCAGGAUGCUUUGUACUCAUAUCAACAAUCUCUCAGAGAAGAUCAACUCCACAGUAUACAGUCUGCUACAGAAAUGAGAAUGCAGGCAAUUUGGCAAUGGAAUAAUUAA